UCUUUCCAGAAUGUCACUUCAUCAUUCGUGUAAACUGAGAAAGAAAAAUGAAUCAACAGAAUUAUUUGGCAAAUCUACUUGUGCAUCGAAGCUGACAAAAUAUUUUUUGAUAUCUUCAAGCAACCCGCUGAAUGCCGAGUAUUUCAGAAGUGAACAAUCCCUGAAAGCCGAAAAAAUCCGGCAGAUUAAUUUACAUAAAGUAUUGGUUAUCCACCCCUUGAGUUUAUUCAGGACAUGGUACGAAUUUUACUUGAUUUUUCUCUACAUAGCAAAUCUGAUUAGUAAACCCAUUGAUUCGGCAUUCGCUAGAAGUCAAGAAGAAAUGUACAGAGGUCACAGAGUUGCCUCUGUGAUUUUAGAUCUACUGUGCUGGAUCGACAUUUUGAUGAAUUUCAAUACAGGAUUUGCAGUAAAAAAAAGAAAUAAAAUAGAACUACGUCGAAUGCCGAUAGCAAAAAAUUAUAUCCACAGCCCCUACUUUAUUUGCGAUGUGUUAUCCUCGAUACCAAGAAAUCUUCCCUAUUUUUUUGUAAGGAAGCCGGCGAAACCUUUCCUUGGCGUUAUUAAUAUAAUAGGUCUAUUGAAGUUCUUCAGGAUAUUUACUGUGGUAGAACUGAUCAACCGGCUAUCAAAGUACUUUCAAAUGAAAAGUACGGGGAUUCGUUUCUUAUUCACUUCCAUUUUGAUUACCUUUCUUCUGAUCCACUGGAUGUCCUGCAUGCAAUUCAUCGUACCUCGACUCACAGGAAGAUAUUUUUAUGACCCCAACCACCCUUUUGAGGAAAGUUGGAUAUACCAAAACGGAAUAUAUAAAAAGCGCCUAUUGGAAAAAUAUAUCCACUGCUUCUUCAAAGGAUCAUCGGAAAUGUUAGGUAUGAGAAUAGACACUUAUAAAAUACAUAUCACUUCGGAUUAUUUUGUAGCCAUAGGGACUUACUGGUUGGGAAAAAUUAUUAUCGCUUCAAUAUGGAUAAUUCUUGCAGUCGCAAUUUUAAAUGCAAGAUCUAUGGAACUGAAAUUCCUUGAAAUCGUAAACCAACUCGACGAAUAUAUGAAGCAGAAGCAACUACCUUUAAAUUUGAGAGACAAGAUAUCCAAAUACUACGAUUUCAGAUACCAAAGAAUUUUUUUCAAGGAGGACAUGAUAACAAAUCUGCUUUGUGCAAACCUGAAACGAGAAGUGAACAUCCACGUUUGCAAGUCACUGAUCGCCAACGUGAACCUAUUUGCUGAUCUGCCUCCCGAUCAGAUAAGCCGACUGGUUUCGAGACUGAUCUCUGAAAUUUUCCUGCCAAAGGACACCAUCAUUCAGUCAGGAUUAUUUUCAGAUUCGAUGUAUUUCGUAUCCAGUGGAACAGUGGCAGUAUACUCACAUUCUGGAAAAGAGAUAUGUCAUUUACAAGAUGGCGCAUAUUUUGGCGAAGUUUCUAUGGUGGUGAAGAACCAACUAUCGGUAACUACCGUAAUCGCCAUAGAAACAACUCAAGUUUACCGACUGAAGAGAAAACAUUUCGAAGAAUGCCUGAUGAAAAACAAAGUGGUAUUCAGCAAACUAGUUGCCGAUGCUGAGAAUUGGCUAAAAAUUGUUUUGAAGAUAGAAGACGAAUACAAGAAGAUGUUAUUCGAACAAACCUACGCGACGGGAACUAUUAAUGAAAAAGAUUUUGGCAUUCCUCACGAGACUUCAUAAGAUUUUAGAUUUUUACUUCUUGCAUUGUUCCUUUUUUGGGAAAUGUUGUGAUAUUUUUUGUACAUUUUAUUUGGCAACAUUUUAUUUCUUGUUAUAUUUUUGAAAU